UUAAAAGCCAUACAGGAACGAGUUACUGAGCGCCCUUUUCACACAGUUGGCGCUAAAAUUAAACUUGAAAGAUGGUGAACUCAGGGACCAAAAGACCAAGACAUUUCCGAUCAGAGAAGGAGAACGUUCCGCGAGACAGGAAUAGAGCAAACAUUAGGAUCCACCCCAAGAAGCCGUAUAAGAUGACGCUGGAGGAUCUGGGCUGUGUAUUGAUAUCUGAUGACAGCAGCUCAGACACUGAAAACUUAGAAAUCACGCCCUGUGUCUCCGGGGGAGCUGAUGAGUCAUUGUGUUUAAAGGCUCCUCGAGUUUUACUGGACAGCCAGCGGGAUAAUACACAACCUUUGACACAGACCGUGAUACGAGCUCCAAAACGGGAGAUCUGUUCCCAUGGUUAUGAAGAAGUCCUAGCAAUGCGACCAGAAAUCUCAAAUGGAUAUACAGACAAUUUCAGUCGCCUGUCAGAUGAGAUGAUUCUGCGUAUAUAUCACUGGUUACCCAAAUUUACGCUGGCUAAAUGUGCUAGAGUUUGUCACCGCUGGAAUCGUGUUGUAGGAGACAAAUCUUUAUGGAAGAGGAUUGACCUGGCUAACAGAAGAAUUACCAGUAGCUGUUUGGGUCUUGUGUUAUACAGAGGGGCCAAUGUUCUCAGACUGACAAAGACAGAGAUGAUAGAGGAUGGGUUUGAUGGCUACUGGAAAAGAGACAAAACUGGUUUUCAGUGCCUGCAGUACUUGGAUUUAAGCCUUUCGUCAGCCAGUAUUGAGUUGAUGGGGCACCUGUUUACGUCCUGUCAGAAUCUGAGGAAACUCAGUCUGGAGCUGUGUACAAUAGACGAUGAUGUUGCUCAUUUAUUUGGACAGAACGAGAACCUACAGGUGCUAAAUCUCAGUAUGUGUAGUGGACUGACAAUGUCGGGGCUGGCUGCAAUACUCAAUGGAUGUAGGAGGUUGACUUCCCUGAAUCUGUCCUGGACUGGACUGAGAAGACAGAGCUUAGCCUACUUGUCCCUGGCUCUUCCGCCUUCUGUUCGUAAACUGAAUCUCAGUGGAUGUAGGGAGAACAUCACCGAUGAAGAGGUGUUACAGCUUGUUAAAACCUGUCCAGGCCUGAUGGAACUAGAUCUCUCUGAUUCCACCGUCAUCACGGGACUGUCCAUCACGUACAUUAUGUCUCACCUGGACAAUUUACAAUACCUGGCCCUCAGCAGGUGUUACAGACUCUCUGUCCAUAAUAUCAGGGAGUUGGCACAGCACACCAGUCUGACUGAGGUGGAGGUCUUUGGAAUGUUCCGUGACGGAACGAUGGAACAGCUCAAACAGGAAAUGGUCAACGUGGAACUGAACCGAUAUCCGUUCUCCAGCGUCGCGAGGCCUACAACAGGGAUCAGAAUGACGUCACUGUGGGGCCUCAGGGUCCGGGACAACGCUGUUUGAUGACAACCGACCGAUUCUUGUUCCAAAUUUUAGGAGUAGCUAUUAACAAAUUAACAGAGAAUGGAUAAACAUAUCAGCAUGUCUCAGGAAGAAAUCAAAUCAUGCAUAAAAAAUUCUCAAUCGUAAUAUCAGCAUCCUUAAACAAAAGCUAUCAGGGAGAGUAGGAAGCAUUAAGAUUUUUAUCUGUUAUUUCAUGUUAAGACAGUUCUGCUGUUAUAGCUGCAAUGUUUUGAUUAUUACAGUUUUACUUGAAGUUCUCAAAAUCGUAAUCAGUAUAGAAAUGAUAUUUGGCUUCAUGUAUGGAUUCAUGGCAAGAUAAAAAUGCAACUCAAAACUUGUUUUUAAAAUUACAUUAUGUAGUUCUGAUUUCAAUUGUAUACAUGAUUUGCAAGACCUAAAUUGUAAACUUGUUUUUAAAAUAAUCUAAUGUAGUAUUGAUGUCAGUCUUAUGCAUUAUUUUUUUUAUUAAGCAUUUACAAGAUUUAAAUUUUAGAAUAUGGUUCGUUUCCCCAUUUUAUCAACCCAGCAGGAUCAAAUGCAUUGUCUCAAAAUAGUUGUAACGCUAUUUCUCUCAGAAAAAAUGUUGUUGUUUUUUCAAUUGAAGUGCAAAUCUUUAUUAGGGAAUUUUGCACUGCGUGACUAUAUAAAUAUAUUGUAUGUUCAGCGAUUAUACAAUUGUUUUUAGCCGUGUCAAGACUCAUAAAGACAUGGUAUCGUCAUUUGAAUCUUUGGUUAUACGUUUUGCCAAAGUAUGAAAUACUUUUCCCCGCUCAAGUUCUCAUGAAUCAGAAUUCUAGGUCUUAAAGGGAGAAAAAUAUUUCAAAGUUAAUAAUCCUGAUUUUAUGUUCAGUUUUUAGAACUUCAUUUUCAUAUGGUGCUCUCAGGCAACAUGUAAUGCCCAGAGAUUAUGUAUCUGUAUAUCACUAGGUGUAUAAUUGAGGUUAUGUGUGAUGUCAUCGUGCUAUUUAUAGAUAGUAUGCUAUUUUUGUUACAAAGUAACCUGUAUAUGAUAUUAUGAGAAAAAGACAAGCAAAUGGACUGGGACUGUGUUGAAUUUAACAGUAGAAAUGCUUGGUUUUUGAUGAUGAAUAGUUGACUGAGAAAUAGUUAAAAGUGAUUGAUGAGGGAUACUUGAGAACUGUUUGAUGCUAUAAAUAUAUCACUAGGAAUGCUUGCUUAUUUGCUGUUACCAGUGUAUAACAUAAGAAAUGUCUGUUUGAUAUUACAAGUGUGUUAAUGUUUGUUUGUUUAUUUUAAUGUUAGUGCUUAAUGUAUAAUUAUUUGAUCGUUUUAAGGAUGUUGUGUACUCAGUAUUUGUACCAGAGGCAUGCCCUGUGUAAACACAUUAGUGUUUAAUGCGUGUUAACUUGUUCAGAAGUUUAUUAAACAGAUAUAAUGUAUACAGUAA